AUGGGUGCCCUCAAGUACGUCGAAGAGCUUCAGAAGAAGAAGCAGUCCGACGUCCUUCGAUUCCUCCUCCGCGUCCGCUGCUGGGAACUUCGUCAAUUGAACGUCAUCCACCGCGCCUCCCGACCGACUCGCCCCGAUAAGGCUCGCCGUCUCGGAUACAAGGCCAAGCAAGGCUAUGUCAUCUACCGCGUACGCGUCCGCCGUGGUGGCCGCAAGCGCCCGGUGCCGAAGGGCGCCACCUAUGGCAAACCUACCAACCAGGGUGUAAACCAGCUUAAGUACCAGCGAUCUCUGCAGUCGACUGCCGAGGAGCGUGUCGGCCGCCGUUGCGCCAACCUACGCGUCCUGAACUCGUACUGGACCAACCAAGACUCCACCUACAAGUACUUCGAAGUCAUCCUCGUCGACCCUCAGCACAAGGCCAUCCGGCAAGACCCCCGUAUCAACUGGAUCGUCAACCCCGUCCACAAGCAUCGCGAGUCUCGAGGUCUCACCGCUACCGGCAAGAAGUCCCGUGGCCUCAACAAGGGCCACCGCUACAACAAGACUCGCGCUGGUCGCAGGAAGACUUGGAAGAGGCACAACACCCUGUCUCUGUGGCGCUACCGAUGA